AUGCCACUUCCAAAUGAUCCUGAUGUGCAGAGUGCAGAGAAUGCUCGACUUCUCAUUGUCAAACGCAACAAAGCCCUCCAGUCUCUUAACAUCAGCGAAAACCAGACAGACCGGAUCGAAACCGAGCUACACGCUAUCGGGUGGACUACAGCGCUUUUGAAAGUCGCUGACCCCAUAUCUAAUGGAGCAUUCUCGGUGAACGAUGAGCGCGCGCUCCUCUGCAUCAGAAGAUACACCACGCAAGAAUUAGGAACAAUACGAGCGAACUUCUUCCCGGAUCGGCUAUCAGACGGGGCGUUGGGGAAGAAGUGGACCUCAUUCAUGAUGCAUGACAUUCCGCGUUGGAAGUCUAGGGAUAGCGACAAGGUCAAGACGCUGUGGAUUCAAGGAAAAUCAUUCGUGGCGAUUGCAGAAGAAGACUUUGUGGAGUUCGAGGAGAUGGAUUUGGAGAUUGUGUUUGCCCAGCAUUCAGUCAUGAGCAGAUUGAGAGAAUAG